UUGGCGCGUAAAAGUGGCCGGGACUUUGCAGGCAGCGGCGGCCGGGGGCGGAGCGGGAUCGAGCCCUUGCCGGGGCCUGCCGCUAUGGGCCCGCGCCGCCGCCGCCGCCUGUCACCCGGGCCGCGCGGGCCGUGAGCGCCAUGGCCUUGGCCGGGGCCCCUGCGGGCGGCCCAUGCGCGCCGGCGCUGGAGGCCCUCCUCGGGGCCGGCGCGCUGCGGCUGCUCGACUCCUCGCAGAUCGUCAUCAUCUCCGCCGCACAGGACGCCAGCGCCCCGCCGGCCCCAGCUGGCCCCGCGGCGGCCGCCGCCGGCCCGUGCGACCCCGACCUGCUGCUCUUCGCCACUCCGCAGGCGCCCCGGCCCACACCCAGCGCGCCGCGCCCCGCGCUCGGCCGCCCGCCGGUGAAGCGGAGGCUGGACCUGGAAACUGACCAUCAGUACCUGGCUGAAAGCAGUGGGCCAGCUCGGGGCAGAGGCCGCCAUCAAGGAAAAGGUGUGAAAUCCCCCGGGGAGAAGUCACGCUAUGAGACCUCACUGAAUCUGACCACCAAGCGCUUCCUGGAGCUGCUGAGCCGCUCUGCUGACGGUGUUGUUGACCUGAACUGGGCUGCCGAGGUGCUCAAAGUGCAGAAGCGGCGCAUCUAUGACAUCACCAAUGUCCUCGAGGGCAUCCAGCUCAUUGCCAAGAAGUCCAAGAACCACAUCCAGUGGCUGGGCAGCCACACCACAGUGGGUGUCGGUGGGCGGCUUGAGGGGCUGACCCAGGACCUCCGGCAGCUGCAGGAGAGCGAGCAGCAGCUGGACCACCUGAUGAAUAUCUGUACUACGCAGCUGCGCCUGCUCUCCGAGGACACUGACAGCCAGCGCCUGGCCUAUGUGACGUGUCAGGAUCUUCGUAGCAUUGCAGACCCUGCAGAGCAGAUGGUUAUGGUGAUCAAGGCUCCUCCCGAGACCCAGCUCCAAGCCGUGGACUCUUCGGAGACAUUUCAGAUCUCUCUUAAGAGCAAACAAGGCCCCAUCGAUGUUUUCCUGUGCCCUGAGGAGACUGUGGGUGGGAUCAGCCCUGGGAAGACCCUGUCCCCGUCCCAGGAGGCUACUUCUGUGGAGGAGAACAGGGCCACUGACUCUGCCACCAUAGUGCCGCCACCAUCAUCUCCCUCCUCAUCCUUCGCCACAGAUCCCAGCCAGUCUCUACUUGGCCUGGAGCAAGAACCGCUGUUGUCCCGGAUGGGCAGCCUGCAGGCUCCCAUGGACGAGGACCGCCUGUCCCCGCUGGUGGCAGCCGACUCGCUCCUGGAGCAUGUGCGGGAGGACUUCUCCGGCCUUCUCCCUGAGGAGUUCAUCAGCCUUUCCCCACCCCAUGAGGGCCUUGACUACCACUUCGGCCUCGAGGAGGGCGAGGGCAUCAGAGACCUCUUCGACUGUGACUUUGGGGACUUCACCCCCCUCGAUUUCUGAUGGGGCUUGGAGGGACCAGGGUUUCCAGAGAUGCUGACUGUGUCUCUGCAGCCCUGGAGCCCCCUGUCCCUGACCAUCCUCCCAGCCUGAUUGGAAACAUUUAAUUUAUACCCCUCUCUCCUGUCUCCAGUAGCUUCUAGCUCUGGGUUCUGGCUACCGCUAGGAGGCUGAGCAAGCCAGGAAGGGAAGGAGUCUGUUUGUGGUGUGUAUGUGCAUGCAGCCUACACCCACACGUGUGUACCUGGGGUGAAUGUGAUGUGUGAGCAUGUGUGUGUGCAUGUACCGGGGAAUGAAGGUGAAUAUACACCUCUGUGUGUGCACUGCAGACACGCCCCAGUGUGUCCACAUGUGUGUGCAUGAGUCCAUGUGUGCGCGUGGGGGGCUCUAACUGCACUUUCGGCCCUUUUGCUCUGGGGGGUCCCACAAGGCCCAGCCUAGUGCCUGCUCCCAGAAUCCGGUGCUCUGACCAGGCCAGGUGGGGAAGCUUUGGCUGGCUGGGCUUGUAGGACGGUGAGAGCACUUCUGUCUUAAAGGUUUUUUCUGAUUGAAGCUUUAAUGGAGCGUUAUUUAUUUAUCGAGGCCUCUUUGGCGAGCCUGGGGAAUCAGCAAAGGGGAGGAGGGGUGUGGGGUUAAUACCCCGGCUCUCUCUACCCUUGAGCAAGGGCAGGGGUCCCUGAGCUGUUCUGCCCCACACUGAAGGAGCUGAGGCCUGGGUGAUUUAUUUAUUGGGAAAGUGAGGGAGGGAGGGAGACUGACUGACAGCCAUGGGUGGAUGGAUGGUGGGGUGGGCCCUCUCCAGGGGGCCAGUUCAGGGCCCCAGCUGCCCCCCAGGAUGGAUUUGAGACGGGAGAGGUGAGUGGGGGACCUUCACUGAUGUAGUGGGCAGGAGGGGUGGUGACGGCCUCCCCCAGCCCAGACUUGUGGUCCCUCCUGUGGUGUCUGUAGCGCCUGCCUCCCCACUGCUCUGCCCCACCCUCCAAUCUGCACUUUGAUUUGCUUCCUAACAGCUGUUCCCUCCUGCUUUGGUUUUAAUAAAUAUUUUGAUGACGUUUGG